GUCCAGACUCUUGACAUCUCCCACAACUCCCUCCGCCUCCUCCCCGACUCGCUCCGGAGGAUGAGGAUGCUGGGGGUUCUGAAAUCAUCCCACAACUUGCUCUCCUGCCUCUGCUCCGGCCUAUUCGAACUCAAGCAGCUGUUGUCACUUGACGUCUCUCACAACUACAUCUCGUGGAUCCCGCCUGACGUGUCAAGAUUGACCUCGUUGCAGCUGCUUGAUGCCUCGGACAACAACAUCCUCUCUGUUCCCUCCGGCCUCUUCGGCAUGCAGGCGAUGCAGCAGUUUCAUCUCGAGAACAACAGUCUG